UCCCUUCCCUUCCCUUCCCUUCCCUUCCCUUCCCUUCCCUUCCCUUCCCUUCCCACCUGUCCAUUUCUCACCCCUUGCAGGCAGUAAGCUGUCACUGUACAGAGACUCCUCAGCCCCAGGGAGAUGUAUAAGUGUGCAAAAUUGCAGUGACAGGGGUGCAUCCUUGGGGCUGCAAUGGUUCACAGUGCUGGAGAGGAUGUUCUGAGAUCAUGUGACAAAAAUCAAUCACUUCCUGCAAAAUACUCCUGCUUUGGCCUUUGUGCCAGUACAAAUCCAAAGUCAUUUAUGGCUUCUAGGAAGAGUGAGUGCAGGGGCAGCUGGUUGGCUAGGCAGAGCUUUACUUCUGCUCUGCAUUCCCUUCUCUCCCUCUGUUUGAAGAGGAACUGAGCUAAACUGAGACAUGAGCUGUGCCAGCUAUGCAGACCCAACAGGCAGGAUUGUGCUGCUCUUUCCCAGGGGACACUCAGCUUGCCAGUUGUGGAAAGUCAACCAGGAUGUUCCACAAAAGAGGUGAAUCCCUUGGGAAGCCUCAUAAGGGGGAAGUCAUGGGAACACCACAGAUGUUUGAUAAAGGACUCUGGAUUUGGGGAGAGAGAGAAAGGAGCGAGAGUGGGAGUAUAGGGUGAUGAUGCUGUGGGCUGAGAUGUUAGGUCAGGUGCUGUCGCUGGGCACAAGGUUGGGGCUGGAUAUGGUGGAACUUGUUGUGCUAGGGUUUGUUUUGUAAGGUGGACAUUAACAAUGUACUUAUUUACAUUCCGGAGGCAGGGUUUUUGAGAGGGCAAAAAGUGAGGGUUAUAUACGCAUGGGAGGACUGUCCUGUAUAUUCUGUACAGGGAGAAGCCCAAAUCAUAAUGGAGGAACAUGGAACAAAAAGUCCUAUGCUUAAAAAUUUGAGACUUGUUUACUUUGCUGCAUCUCUUAGUUACUGGAAACCCAGUUCAAAGAUGUAUUAUGAAGCAAUCUUUCUUGGGAUUCUAAAGUGAGAGCUUGUUUGUAACUGUAUCAGGUAGUCUCAUAAAAGCUACUACCUCUUUCUGCAAGCCUUGCCUUUCGUCUAUCUUUAGGCCAUCGCUGUCAUAAUAUAACUUAUCCUUCUCUUUUAUUCCAUCAGAAUAAAUCAUUUAAAUAAAGGAGGUCCCCUGCACUGCAUCGAGUAAUAGCCUAACUGUACACCCUGCUGCUAACCCUUAUGAAAACAAUCAAUACUGCCUUGGGAAUUUGCCACUGUUAUAUUUCCAACAGUCUGAUGUCAACUAAGCAAUAAAAUGCCCCCCAGAUAUUUUCUAGAGGAUUGCUUUGAGGUCCUGUCAUUAAGCAGCACAGAAAGAUUGCAUAUUUUCUGGCAUGUUCUAUUUCUCUCAGGAUGGCUGCUCCCUGCACAUAACCAUUGAGGUGACAAAUAUCUUGUAAAGCCUGGAGCAGUUUAGAUGGAUUAAAUACUCAAAGGAGUAUUUAAUAUUUUAUUACUGAAGGGUUUUAUUAUACAGAACUCAAGUUCAUUCAUGGCGUCCAGGAGUCAGGCUUCCUCAGACACAGAAUAUCAUUAAGACUUUGGCACUUCUGCCAGGCUGUGAAUUUCAGGCAUGUUGAGGAAGAUGAACAAAACCAAACAGUUUUCUUUUCAAUUCAGCUGUCAGUCAUGGAGUGCCUCAAAGCUAGAGUUAGAGGUUGGCACUCCAAGUACAGUGCCGGUCAUGUGUCUGGAGGAAAUCCCUCCCCAAGCUACACCAAUCAGAUGUUCCUCUCACUGCAGAAUGUGCCACUCUUGAUGAGAGUGGGAAUGAGAUGUGCCUUCAGCUUUUAGUGGAUGUGCAGGAAGCGUUAUUAAAGCUAGUACUUAUUGGAAGGGCUCUAUUGCCUUCAGUCCAUUACAUUAAAACAGAAUCAAAGCAGCUAUUGCUACACCAGUAGACUUAAAAUACAGUAGUGAAUCAAAAUACCCUAGAAUGUAAUGGAACCACUACCUUAAGUACAUUUCCAAAACAAAUGUUCCGCCUAUUUGUUGUACACUCGAUGGAGAUUUUUCUUGUAGAGGAUGAGUGAGGUUAGUGUGGCCUCACUCAGCACUUCUGAGCAAGGCGAUAGGCUGCAGAGGGACUGCAGAUCCACAGCUUGCUGGACUCUGCAUUGCCAGACUCUGCAGAUGAGGUUAGGUAGCUCUACAGCCUUACUGGAUAAUAAAAGCCUGAUGGAAGUCAAGAAGCUUAACUGUAACCCUCAGUAAUCACUUAAGUGUGCUUUAGAUAAAUCUAUAUAUUAGCUUGUUUCAGAAAUGUUGCUGAACACUGAAUUAUGUUCAUCAGCUUGUAGCAUAACCAACCUGUCUAUUCUUGAUCUGAACUCUUGAUGAACUAUGUUUGCUAUAGUUGCACUAUUAGACAAGAAUAACAUAUUUAUAUGCACUAUACAGAGUUGUUUGUGCAUGUAUGAGGGCUGUCAAUGUACACAGAAGAACUACAAAGAGGAAUGAAACCUUUCUGGGAGGAAAUGAAGUGCUUACAUUAUUGAUGGCUAUAAUUAAUUAAGCACUGGGGAUCAUUGACAGGUUCUGUUAAUCUUCUGGACUGGAAACGCUCUACUUCCUCCAUUUCAGGUGGCAUCAGCAUUGUAAAAGCUAGGGAGGAACGGAAGGUACUCCCUCAGGAAAGGAUUCAAAUGAACUUCCUGAUUUAAAGGGAGGAGAAGAUGUAAAUCUGAACAAAGAUCCAGGGAAAGAUUAAAUGUAAAGCCUACAUGUUUCCUCCAUUGUCUAUUUUCUAUUUUGAAGGCAAAUCUUGGGGUGGACAUGUUUGCAUAAGAUCUGGUGCUCUCAUCUUGAGGCAAGUAAGAAUGCCAACAGCAUAACAGAAGGAUGAUACAUAAAAGAAAUACACAGAUGAUGCACAGAGGAUGGAGAGACUUUUAAAGUCUAGACAGGUGGAAAUAGAAUUUUCCUUUUGUUUCUGCUCAUCUGACACUAGUGCCACUGUAUCUGCCAUACCCACCACAUAUGCACGUACUUAAUUUCUACUUCAAGAGAUGUCUGCUGUUCAGAGUGAUUUUGAAGUAACUCGGUCAAGUAAGAUUUUCUUUCUUAGAGGUAGGAUGAGCCUUUAAAUAGAGGUACAGUUCUCUAGGGUAUGCAAGUAAGAGCUCCCUCCAGGCUAAUCAAACAUGGAUGAAUUUUCCAGUGAUCAGCAAAUCCAGGCACUCCUUGUCAUUUAAGAGGCUGAGUGGUUUGCCCAAUCCUCAUGAGUUUCCAAUAUAGUGUUAUUAUUCUUUGGGUUUCUUUUUCAGCCUGUCUCUUGAAGCUCAUUUUUAUUUCUGAAAUUUGUCUUCAGAUUUCAAAACCACCAAUUAUUAGUUUUCCUUUCCUGCUUCCUUCCCCUCAGGUUUCAAUAACAAGAACCAUUCUGGCAGAACAUGCAGCAUUGUAGCCUGGGUGUUCCUGACACCUACAUCCGGAUGUCACUCACCAUAGGUACUACUUCCAAUUAGACAUCAAAAAAAGCAUUCAGCUGUUUAGUGCUCCCUGGAAGUAGUGCCACACAGGCAGCACAUUAUGCAUUUUUAUAGUGUUUUUGAGAGCGAGGAAGUUGGAACUGCAUGGUCUUUGAGGUGCCUUUCAACCCAAGCUGUCCUAUGCUUCUAUGAUUCUAUGAUUUAUUUUCUAUACAAAUGAUACCCUAACUGUCUCAAAGUGUAAUUUUGUGCAUGACCUCAAUGGCUGACCCUCCCAGAAUCAUGUAAGGAAAAAAGAUUUCAGAGAAAUCGUGCUAGAUAAGGCAGUCAGAUAACCAGCUUCAGGGCAUUAGGCAAAGACAGUUCUCCAGUUAUAUAUCCCUUCAAGAGCUGGCUUCCUGAAAAUGUUGCAGGAAGUCUUUUUACUGUUGAAAAAAAAAAAAAAAGACAUUUAAUUGCUAGUUUUGAGAGUUUUUUCCAUAAGAUCUUUUUCUUUUUUGACAUUAAAAUAACCAGUCAAAAUCCAGACUUGAUAAUUUAGAGGUUAAAAUACUCUACAAGAUGAGUGGAAACCAGACUCAAAUUAUAUAGCACAGGUCUUGUAUUCAAUCAGUCUCCUUCUAAGUGAACAUUCUCUCUCCAGAUAGAGGAGCUUCUUUUAGACAGGUAUCCACCUAUGACUUUGGGUUUAGUCUCAGUGUCAAGCAAAGUCCCUUACCUUUUCUUCAACACAAGAUGCGGAAGAGCGAUGCAAUAUUUAUUAAAAAAAAUUCAAGAACAUAUUUGAUUUCUAAAGGUUACAUUUGACAUCUUAGCUGAGGACAUUUUUUCUCCCAAAUUCCCUCUGGCAGACUUGAAGAAAAAAAUGAAUUGCUCAGAGAUCUUGGGAAUAUCUUCACAUGGACAUGUAAUAUUACAUUAUACAACUUGCACUACCUGACAGACCUUCCUUACAGUUAGUUAUUGUAGGAAGAAGGAGAAUUUGGGCUGUGAAUGGUUUAGAUGGGCAAUUCACUUUUCCAUGGGUAAGAGUAUAUUCAAAGCAAAAGCUGUAGGUAGACACCUAAGGCUGUAACUAAAUUAAUACCAUCAAGAGCAUUGUUUGAUAUUUCUGAACACACACAGCCCAUAACUCAACAACAUGCAAGCAAUCUAAAACUCUGUCUUUCUUGGGUAGCACUUUUAGAGGCCUUCAUUGUCAUUAGCCAAAGUAUUUUUUAACUAGACCCACUGGUUCAAAGAGCUGGGGUAAUCAGAAACACCUCUAUUUUAACAACACACAUGAGAUGUCAUCAUAUACUAUUAUCUCAAGGUAGGGAGAAGAAAGUAAAAAAAACAUAAUGGAGAAGUUAUUUCUAACUUGCUGAAGGCAAAUUAGUCUACAGCAUGUAUUUUUGUCCAGGCUUGUAGCUAUCUGUGCAAGCUGAAAUAAAUGCUUAUGGGUGGAAUCACUGACUUCUUUCAAGGUGCAUUUUAUGCUGAAAGAAAAGUUCAUCCUUUUUGAAUUGUACAGUUAUUACUUGGAGAAGAUGAUUAGUAUAGAAAAUAGUAACAACACUAUCAUAAUGCUAUCCUAACAGGGAGAUAUCCUCAUAGAGGAUUAUUUCCCAAUAGUGACCUUACUCCUGGAUUCAAAAGAAGAAGUUGUGAAACUGCCAGGUAUUUUGUCAUACUUGUGAAUUAUGCAGCUGGUAAGGUAAAACUUUGAUGUUGAUUGGAAUACUUGACUUUCCGGUACCUGCCUAAUAUUGCGAUUAUACUUUUGUGUUUGAUCAAAAUAAGGAAUCUGCAUUAAAGAGCUAUACCAAGUAACUCCCAGCUAGAUUAAAAAAAAUACAUCAGAUGUUUUCUCAGGGCUAUAGUACUUAGAAAGUAAGCCCCACUCCAAGUUUAGCUUUUGUCAUAAGAACAACUGUAAUGAUCUAUUUUACAUAAUAUUUGAAGAGGCAAGUUCAAACUUUCUGCACUGAAUUUCAACAUAGCUGCAAUCUUGCAGUUAAGAAAUUAUUAGCUCUUCAUUGAGGUGCUUUUAAGUGAAUCCCUGGCACUUAAUUAUAAAAUCACUACUGACACAAUAUGCAUAAGCAGCAGUAAAAACAACCCCUCCCUAGUAUUCCAUUGGCUGGAAACUCGUUAGGCUUGAUGGGUAGGCAUUCUAGUCAAAGGGGAUUUCAAAGCAAAUAAAUAGCAGGUUCUUUUAGCCAGUCAGAAGUAGAUUUCCACCUGUCUGAAACUUCUACUGGAGAGAGCUGCUUCUGAAAAAAAAUCAACAUCUUACCGUAUGAGGAAACAACGGGAGAAAGUAUUCUCUCCCAUGCUUCGUACUUCUUCUGUGAAAGAGUGAUUUUGGAAGACUUCCUAGGCUCGGGGUGCCUUUUUCAGAAGAAGCAUGGCUUGCUGUGCCUUACAAAUCAUUGGUCUAAUAUUUGGAGGUGUGGGCAUGGUCGGGACUUUGGCAGCUACAGCUAUGCCACAAUGGAGAGUUUCUGCCCACAUUGACAGUAACAUCGUGGUGUUUGAGACUAUCUGGGAAGGACUGUGGAUGGACUGCAUCAGCCAGAUGGGCAUCAGGCUACAGUGCAAGUUUUACGACUCUAUCCUGGCUCUUCCCCCACCCUUAGAGGCAUUCAGAGCCCUCAUGUGCAUUGCAGUGCUCCUGUCGAUCAUUGCCUUUUUGAUGGCCAUUGUUGGUGUGAAGUACACUCACAGGACCAAGGAGGAUCCCCAGGGCAUCAGUAUCUUCAUGUUGGCAGCUGGAGUUGCCUUUCUUGUGACAGGUGUCCUUGUUCUGAUCCCUGUGUCCUGGACUGGUGGCAGCAUCGUUCAUGACUUCUAUGAUGCAAAAGUCCCUACACCACUGAAACGAGAACUAGGAGCUGCUCUCUACGUGGGCUGGGUGAGCGCUGCACUUCUCAUCACUGCGGGAACAAUGUACUGUAGCUUUUGGUGCUGGGCUGCUACAUCCCCAAAAUCUAGAUAUCCUUCACUUCCUCGUCACAGAUUGCACAAACCUAACACAGCAGGAGGGCCAUUGCUAAGCAUGCAGGCAUACGUGUAGUGGCUGCAUGGAAUCUUUCUGCUUAGUAUGUUGAUACGUCCCGAUUGACAUCAGUGCCAAAUUGAACUGUGAGUCUAUAUUAGAUGAACAAUUUUUCAUUUGCUAUUUACUACUGACACACUUACUUGCUCUCUAACAUGCUUGUAGGAGAUGUUAUUACAUGGACGUUAUGUUAGACCUCAGAAGAAAAAUCUCACCAUUUUGUGGGAAAGAAAACUAGCAUGGAAAUGGCAGCUGCCAGGAGAACCUCGUAGAAGGCUACCAGUAUGGUUGGGCUGGAAGGCAGGCAGCUACUGUACAACAGUACCAUUGCCCUCCCCUAAACCCCUGGCAGGCAAAGGGAGCAGUGCAUUUUACUCUAAUGUAAAGACUUUGUAAGGACUGAUCUAGGACAGUGAUGAGAAGCAUGGAUUUAGCAGCAUGAUGGAAAAAUGGAGAAGCCCCCAAUAAUCUUAUUUUCAGUAUUAGCAAACAAAUCUUCACUUUCCCCUGUCAGAGACUUUUGAUUGACUGUGGGUUUCACAGAUGCUUGUGGAGUUGAUGUAUCCUUCUUAGAUCUUCUGCAGGGCACAGAAUUCAUCUCAUGGAAUAAUAAAUUUUAUAUUUACUUCACCAGACUUUGUCAUGAAUGUAUUAACUUUCCGUUGCCUGGUAUGUCCCAUCUUUAAAGGGUUCUUCUAUAAAAUUCAGGACAGACUAUCUGUCUUUAUGCACUUUAAAACACCGUGGUUAUGUCAAGUAUAAUUAAAGAAGCCAAGCAAAUGUAAAUGUGCAAUCCCCACUUGCUUGUUUGAGGAUCAAGAGUUCCUGCCUACAUCUUAUAUCAUGCCCACAAAAACCAAGUCCUAAUGUUGUUCUGACUGCUUUGUGUUUACAAGACUUAUUUUAAAGUGUGAACUGAGUAAUCUGAUUCCUAUCUGUCCAUUGUGCAGAAUCCAAUAGUAUUUUCAGUUGUGCUUUUUCGCAGAUGAAAACUUGGAACCUGCUUUUCAAAGCGGGCAUGUCACAAUACUGAUAAGUGACCAAAGAAGUUCCAUUUAAAAACAAAUUUUCUUGUUCUUCACACAGUAGCAAAGGAUGGCACCAUUUCAUGGAUUAUUUCAUGACACAGUUUGAUCCUUUCCUAUGUCUUUGACUGAUAUCUGAAAACAGAGUUUAAUGACUUUUCAAGUUGUGCAGAGCAAUGCCUCUAUAUAUUCAUUUGAUGGUUCAAUUUGAAGAACAUGGAAAGCUAUAUUUAAUUUAAAAAGCCUUUUAUUAACUUGACUUCAGAUGAACCUAAAUGAAACCAUGCCGCCAAACAUGGAUGUGUAUUACAUAUGUUAGCCAGUGCUCAUUUACACUUAAGACAGCCUGCUCAGAUCUUUUAGUGGGAAUUUCUUGCUACCAGGAAAGAGGUUUAAAGUGCCCUGCUCAUCUCUUGAGAAGUCAAAUUAGCACUUAUUAAUUCCAGAUGAGUCUUUAAGGUGACAUUUCUGCGUAGAUUUUCUAGUACUAAAAUAUAUUUUUUAUGUUGUCUGAUGGCUGGUGCCACCAUAUGUGUGGUGUACGCAGUAUCUUUAACAACAGCUCUCAUUGGACCAGACAGUUCUUUCAGUGGAAUUGUUUUCUACAAUUUGGUUAUAAUUUAUACUUCCCUGAAGACCUUUGUCUAUUAUUUUAUUUUCUUUUUAUCUUAUAAUAUGCAUUUUUAAAAAAAUAAAUAUUUGAUUAGUAAGCCAGAACUGCAGUUUUUGGAUUGAUUUAGAUAUGACAUUUGUGAUUAACCCAGCAGAGGAUGAAGACAUUUGCAAUGCAAAUUUGAUUCAUAUUUAUGUGUAGGUAAUGGAUUUAAAUAAUGAUGUAUGCAAUGUAAUGCAACUUUAUGUAGAUACAAGUGCUUAAGAAGUAAUUAAGUGCAGCUUUCUAUAACAUUAAUUAAGGGAUCCUGAAUGCUUUACUAUCAGAAGGUUGAUCUGGAAAUCAAAUUUGAACUGGGUGUGUCAUUUACAGCAUUAACUUUAUUUUCAAAGAGUUUAAAGGUAAAACUGCUUUAUUCGAGUAGUUUGGACUGAUUUCAAAAAAACCUAAGCUUUUCACAUCUAACAUCAACAUUCAGUAGUUGCAUAUUACUCCAUCCUCCUCUUUUACCAGUUGACCUGAAGAUGAGUUCAAAAUCUCUUGUCUCAGACAACAGUGUGCUUGUGUGGACAUUUGGAAUCCAAUCCUGAUUUCAACUGUACAGCUAGACUGGGCCGCUGUUUGGAUGAGUGAGGCUUUAUUGACACAAAUUGCAAUUUCCAGUGAUGUGAUUUAGUGCCUUACACUCACCCACAUAUGUUUAAGAGCCUGUGGCACUAAAAUUUGAUGCAGGAAUGAAUUGAUCAGUAGUGAAUCUGCAAGAGAUUAAUGCUGCAUUCAACCUUCUGCCUUUGAGCAGAAUAGAAAUUCCUUUUUAGGGGACGAUGGUGUGGGGAACCCCAUAAAGAUGAUUACUGGAUAUUUUACCUCUGUAUGUGAGGUACACAUGAGGCUGAGUAAACUCAGUGGGUGCAUUUGCACCUAUUAAGGGAGAUGCCAUUUUAAUUCUUCCUUUUCCCCUGUUCAAAACCUGUGAUACUCAGAAGUAGUUGGAAGCUGCAGAUUGGAGGUGUGAGAAUGAAAAGAAAGUUCUAAAGUUUUUAACAACAACAACAAAAAUGUGGGUGAGCUUUGAAAACAAACUGCUGCUCUUCCUGUGUUGUCUGAGGGUAUCAGUCAGGAAGAGCUUGGCUGGAGAGGAGUGAUGGAGGCGCCUACACAGGUCUCUAGAGCCCAAGGUGGCAUGUUUUGGCCUCUGAUUGCUCCUCCAGAAGAACUUCUGUCCCUUCUGGAUUAUAUCCAGCCAGACCUGACCUCAGGUACCCUCAAGUGUCUAAGGAAACACUUGGUGCUUGUUUAGAUGACUAAACCUCUUCUUCCUGAGUGAUGUGAAUGAGGGACGAGAUGCUCAGAAACACUUCUAAUGCAGUGAAGUCAUUUAAGAACAGGGCCACCUCUUCACUCCAUGGUGCAGGAGAGCCAUGGAAACAGAGCAGUGGUUGGUUACACCCCGUCUGUUGGAGGACCAAGAGGAAGCAGGGCACAAAUAAUGGCUAUUGACUGGAAUUUUCAGGCCUAGCAUGUGAGUGUCAUUUGCUAUGGACAGAUCAGGUGUUUAUGUGCUGGAGCUCUACUUCCAUUAAGGAGUGGAGGCAGUAAACUUGCUUCAGUGAUACUAUGUUCACAUUCUUUUAGGCACAACUGUCAGAAACUUCAGGCCUGAUGUAUUUGUUAAUAACAGCUAAUUAGAUAUUGAGCUUAAAUAUCUACUUUAGUAUCCUGAUGCUAUCAUCUACUUUAAUAUUUCGAGAUUGCAAGGCAAAAUUGCUUUGGAAAUAUAAGUGAAUUACUGAGAUUUUGCUAUGUAUUUGAAAUAAAUGUAUGAACCCUUAA